AUGAAAAUUCGAUUAUUAUCAAUUAUAACAAUCAUUAUACAAUGCAUUCCAUCCAUCUUAUCAGCUACGUCGAGUAAUCAAAAAGAAAGUUCAUCAUCUUAUUAUUAUGUGGUACGUUCACCAAAAAUUGAAAAACGAUCAUAUACAGAAGAUGAAGCAUUAACACAUCAGAAAGAAAAAACAAAAAUUGAUACUGCUAUUCAAACAUAUACAAAAACAACAAAUACAUCCUCUUCACUUUUGUCUCCAGCAUCAUUAUCAAUAACAUCAUCAUCAUCAUCAUCUUAUGGUAAUAAUGUGAAAAAGAAUAAUGGUGCAUACAAUGUUAAACCUAAUGUAACUAUGAAUGCAGAAAGUAUAUAUCAAGAUAAAAAUUCAUUGAAAUAUGUGAAAACUAUGAAAAAACGUCUAGAAAUCAGUGAAAAUUAUUACAAUAGUGGGAACAACUACAACGGUAAUGACAAUUACAAUAACAAUGACAAUAAUUACAAUCGUAAUAAUAACGAUCAUUACAAUAAUGGCAAUAACUACAACAGUAAUGGCAAUGAUGGUAACAAUAACGACUACUAUUCACAUGAUUACAACAAAAACGCUGGCAGCUACAAUAAUGAUGUAAAACAUAAUGCUGAAAAUUACAAUCGUGAUUAUACACGCAAUGCUUAUAUAUCUGACAAUAAUGACCGUAGGAAUAAUCGAAACUCCAAUAGAAAUUACAUGAUUAAAAAUACCAAAUUUAACAAUUAUGCCAACAGAUAUAAUGGUAGGCGAAGAAAUAAUAAAAGAUAUAAUAAUAAUAAUAAUAAUUACAACAAAGCCUAUAAUAACCAAAGACGUUAUAAUGAAAAUCGUAAUAUCGAGAAUAAUAACAAUUACAAUCGUAACGGUAAUCAAAACAAUCAGAAUGGUUAUCGUGCUUACAAGUACAACUACAAUGGUAAUAAUAAUAAUAAUAAUAAUAAUAAUAACCGGAAUAAUUUCAAUGACAAAUCUAAUUACAAUUACAAUAAUGAUCGUAAUAACCUCAAUAACAAACGGAUUAGUCACAAUGUCAAUUAUAAUAUCAAUAACAAUGACGCUUACAAUGGAUAUGAUAAUUACAAAACCAACAAUCAUCCUGAACGUAAUAUACCCUAUCAAAAUAACAAUAAAUAUAAUAACAUUGAAAAUUAUGUGAAUAAUGAUAAUAGUAAUAAUAACUAUCAUGAUAUGUACAAUACUAAAGAUUAUGAAACUAGCAGAAAUCCUGUUAAUUAUGGUAGUAGUUAUAUUAGAAGUAAAUUAGGUAAACCAGAUUAUUCUACUCCUGCAGUAAGAAGUAAUGAACAAAAUUAUCAAUCAAUGCCAAAUACAGCGAAUGAACAAUCAAACAAUCAAGAAAGUAAUCAAUAUGGGAAAGAAAAAGAGAAAGAUACAGAUUUUAAUUCAUUAGGACAAGAUGUUAAUCCCAUGUCCAGUUUAAAUCCUUUUGGUGGUUUGUUCGGUUUAGGACAAAUGGGAAAUGGAGGGUCAGGUUUUUAAAUUUUAUGCUAACUAAAUGAUUAACAAUUACUCAAAUUCAUGGAUAUAUUGUGACAAAAAUAUGUUUUAUUUUUAAAAUAUCUUUCUUCAACUGAUACCAUAUAAACAGUUAAUAAAGGCUUAUUUAUUAAGCUAGAUUUUUCCAAUCAAAAUGAUUUAAUAUUUGUAAUUGAAUGUCAUCUUUGUAUGUUUAUCAUGUUUUUUUUCUAAGAUCUGAAAUAGAAGUAUGAACUGAUUUGAUGAUUUGAACACUUUUCUCUUAAUUCAUUCAUCAUUGAUUCAUAAUUAUGAAAAAGAAUUUUAAAUGAUAAGUGAUAAGAAACCACCCAAAUUUAUGUUUGGUCUUUUGAACGCUUAUGAAGAAUAUACAUAUUACUUACUUACUUACACCUGUUACUCCUCGUGAACGAUCAUAGGUCGUUCACCAGCAUUCUCCAUCCAAUCCCGUCCUAGGCAAUCCUUUCCAGCUCCUUCCAGUUGUUAUUCAUCCUUUUCAUAUCUGCUUCUAUUUCCCGACGUAAUGUGUUCUUUGACCUUCCU